AUGCCAACAAACACAUAUUUCGAUUCGUUAUGUUUAUACACGGUUUAUUUUUUAUCGGAUAAUCUUGUUCAUGUAGAUCUGACCAGUUUGUGCUUCCUGAUCCCCUUGUACACAACUAUUACCAAUCACCAGCACAUCCUCUGUCACAAAAUACGAAAAAAAAAACGGCCCCUCAUGCCACUAAGCGACAACCAAGGUUUCAUUCCAUCAAGCCCAAAACCUGACUACACCCCCAAGUCACUGCGCACCCUGUCUAUCAAGCAGCUGAAAUCCCUUCCGACAGACACACCCACGCACACAAUCGACAACUCCACACUCUCAACCAUAUGCGUGGCCGGCUGGGUACGCUCCACACGCCAAGCACAAUCAGGUACAAUAUUUGUGUUGGACGAUGGCACAGCAAUGAUAAACGCAUCGUUUUGGCCCAACGGAAUGUUUGAGGAGGAGCAGGCCGGUUUGAUAGAGCCUAACAAUUUCUUACGGGUUAUUGGUAAUGUGAGAGUGUAUGAUGGUGAUAUUUCUGUAUCGGUAAGCUUUUUGACCAAGAUUGAUGAUUUCAACUACGUAAGCUACCAUUUCUUGAAUGUUUUGCAGCAGCAUUUGCACUGCAGAAGAGAGCUCAAGAGGGAAACAAGAAAGGAGAAAGAGAAAGAAGGGAUGAUAGGCACGUUGCAGGAGGAUGUACUUAUGUGCUACAGAAAUAACCAAGACGAGAAAGGACUGCAUGUAGAUCUGGUCGUUAAGAUGCUGCAGGGCAAGUAUAAAGAGCAAGAUGUCAGAGAAAUGGUUAACAGUCUUUUGGAUGAUUGCUAUCUGUUCAGUGUAGAUGGAAUGUGCUAUAAAACCGUAGAUUGACCGUGCAUACGAGCUGGAAAAUAAAGUAGAAUUAGUGAUACGUGCGUGUUUAAGAAUUAUUUUUAGAUAGUAAAUUGCAUUGAACAAUAUUAUGGUGGAUAAAAUACACAGAUUAAAAAUACGGGUACACGGG